AUGCAGGAUGUUUUCUCAGCAGAGUUUGCUGCUCUUCAUGUUCGCGUAACAAAUCGUGCAGCAUUUGCCCUCUAUAGUAAUACUCUUGGAUAUAGGGUUCAUGAUAUAGAUAAGGGUUAUUAUGCGGAUAAAGAAGACGCCUUUGAUAUGCGCAACUACUUUAAUGGUAAAGGAGGGAAGGGUCGUCGUAAGGAUACGAAGGAAGGAGAUGGUGCUGCAGAGACCUCAAGUGCAACCAAAGAAAUUAUCUCUCCUAGUCGUUAUGCAGUAACUUAG